UAGUUUCGCUGUGACAACGUCAACGCAGGUUUUUGAAUGGUUACCAGAUGUCCCUCUAGUUUCAAGCUUUUGACCGUCUGUACUUACGGUUUCAUUUGACAAAAAAAUAAAUGCCGCGUCACAGCAUGAUUUUUCCCCCCAUUUGAUAAGUACACUCAAAUAAUGAUGUAUAUCAGAGACCAGACAACACUGUAUAUAUUCCUUUUUUAUUUCAGCACAUUAUUUUACUACUCUUUUAUUCAACUAACGAAAGAUAUGUUACAAAUUACCAGAGUCUUGCUUGACUUCAUCCUUGUACAGAAGCAAUCUGCAAAAACAAAGGGAAAACGAAACAUCCUGUGAAUGCUCUUCUCAAUCAGGACAAAGUCUAGGAUGACUCAAAUCUCGAUCAGGUGUCACGCAACAACAACAAGCAGCAUUAUCAAAGAAUCGGUUAACGUUUUCCACUUUCCGAUAUGUCUCUGUUACUGUGUCAUGCAUUUGCAUAGGAGUACGACGUUUGGAAGUAAAUAACCCAGUGACAACAAUCACAAUAAAAUAGAGGUGUUCUAUACACACACAUUUCCAAACUUGUGUUGCGCAUUGCGACAACAGCAUACAACGAAUCGAGAAGCAUUGCAUGACUACGUAUUGCGGUUACCAGCUGUGAUGGUUUCGAAAUAAAAAUAACAAAAAAAAAGGCAUAAAGACAAGAGGUAUACUCACAUCCUUUCAAAGUUGCGUCGUCGAUGAAGGUCUGAUCGGUCUCAGUCGUCGACAGCUAGCUUAUAAGACCCUUCAUUUUCGUUUUGUUUCAAGGGAAGGAAGGAUCACGUGAAUGCAUCGUGGACAGCUUCUCCUUUCGCAGGAGCAGCAUGUGAAAUGCGAUACCUCUUGCCGACGCGCUCUUUUUUCUUCUUCUUUUGGUAUGAUAACACAACCGCGAAACACCCGUCUGGCUUUUUCCAAACGCUCUUUGGGAACACCAACCACACACACACAAAAAAGAAACCGUUAUCGCCCUCGCAAGAUGAAUUUUCGACUGGUGGUAUACGCUGUCUGCCACGUACGAGCUUCCAGCAGUGAGUGUGCCACGUAAGAGCCAAGUGAUAUUUACUCCGUAUCUCGUCGGAUGACCAUUGCUGAGCCAAAGGCGUACGGCAGUUACUGCAGCUGGACAUCGGUGGACGUAGAUGUUAUGGUCAAUCUGAGUCACGGUAGUGCAUUUUCCCUGUUUCAGUGUUGGUUUUGUAAAUUCUGUUGUAGCUACGAAAACGAACAGGGAAACAGCACUCAGAAAGGACAAGGUGUAGCAGAACAUCUCCGGACAUCUAUUUACCAUGACGACCUACAGUAAAAUGAGACAACUCGUCAUGGAUUUCAAUAUUUAUUGGUAUGAGGACGGCGACAUUUUCCUUGGAGUUGAUGAUCCUGGGUAACGUCCCGCAUGCCGCACACAUCAUCACCCGGUUGGGACCAGGAAUCGCCAGCGUUGGCUGGCUGUUCGACAUCGGACCAGUGAUCGCCAGUCAUUUCGUCGUCGGUGGUGGCAGGUAGUUCUCCGGAACCCAAGUCCUUCUACGACUUCCAGAAGGUUGCAACAGUCGGUCCAACGUGUCCGAAGGAUCAUCGUCGUCAUCAUUGCAUCAGUGUACAAGUAAGCAUCAUGUCUUCGUCGAUCUUGCAUAAACUUGACAAGUUAAAGAAAUGUGGAGAGUUUCAAAAAAUGGCGACAAUUCCUAAAAACAUCAAGUAUGAUGUGGUUGAUGUUAACAAAAUUGAAACGAGGUAUGGCGAGGCGGUCUACGUAGAAAUUAUGAAGGAUCACGAGCACGUAAAGGUGUUCCUUCCAGCUCGGUUUCAUAAACUAAGCACUCAAGACAUCGAAGACAUGAGGAACACGAGCGGACUCUGGAUGGAGAAGAAAGAGCGAGUUGGAAAAGACGGGAAACGUCUUCUUUCGCCAGACAUCGUGUUCGGUCAAUCCGAGUAAAAAAAUAAAAAGAAAUGGUGACAUGCCACCUUUGUCCUCCGGCCGAUCGGCAGCACUACACAACAGCACUGGGACUUCAAGUUCAUCUGGCUAACGUUCAUAACCUUGCAACACCCUGUAUCCCAUUUUGUGAGACACUCUGUACGCUCCGCAACUAUACCAACCGCUAUGAGCUUCAUCUACAUGACAGAGACGACGACGGGCAGGAUGUCAGCACAUUCUUUCAUGAAAACGGACGCUACCUUGCCGGUGUACUUCGACAUUUCGGAUUUCCGUUACGCUUUUAUGUUUUGCUGAAGGCGGAACUCGGUCGACAUACGCCUGAGGAUGAGAUCAUAUUUGUCACUCAAUUUAUUCCUUCGAGUGUGCAUACGCUGUGGUCGGAACGAGACGUAGAACGUGCUGUCAUUGAAGUAGGCACUGAAGUCACCAACAAUUUAGAAAAGCUUGAAAUGCAAGGGUCGGGAUUUUUCUUAUUUCGAAUUCACGCCUGCAUUCUUCAUGUCGGUCGUCUCGCACCACAGCUCAUUGGUUGUACCGACUUUGAAUUGCCAAACGAAUUGAAAAAAAAGUGUCGGUGUCUUCUGAGUGUCGACCUUCACGAGGAUAGUGAACAGAACAUGUGUUUCGCAUUUUGCGUACUUGCCGGUCUACAUCCUGCAAAGGGUUCUUACAGACGCAGAGCUUCAUCCUACAGGUCAUACCUGUCUCAAUAUGUAUUUCCAGAGACGUUUCCUGUAGUGUUCCCGAAAGAUGUAGAAAUGUUUGAGAAGCAGAACGAUGUGAGCAUUAACGUGUACGGUUAUGACAAAGAUGAAAAAUAUGUUUACCCGAUUAAGGUUGUUGACGACCAGUGCAAGAAGCAUGUCGACCUACUGCUGAUUGACUUCCAUUUUGUACUCAUUACUAAUUUCAAUGCUUUGUUCACACCACCUGGUUAUUUUCACUGCAAACGGUGUACGAUGGGUUUCACCACCCCGGGUGUACUCGCCGAUCAUCUACUAAUGUGUAAACAACAAAAAGUGUCCAAGACUAUUUUUCCAAAGAAGGGUGAGACACUGUCGUUUGCCGGAGAGCAUUUGAUGUCGGAAGUUCCCUUCUACUGUGUAUACGACUUUGAGAGUGUACUAUCACCGUGUUCGGGAGGCGGGAAUGUCUACGAGGAACACAUCCCUUCAUCCUUCUGUCUCCUCGUCAUACGCUCGUGCGAUUCGUAUGUCUUGAAGAAACAUAUUUACCGUGGUGCAGACUGCGUUUCCGUUUUCAUGGAACUAUUGCAUAAUUUGCAUGAUGAGCUGUAUGCGAUGUUGCACGAGACUGUGCCCUUGCAAAUGACCCCAGGAGACGAGCUCGAACAUUCUGAAGCCACUCACUGUAACAUCUGUAAAGAACCAUUCACUAAGAAGCAGAAAGUGCGAGACCAUGAUCACGUAAGUGGAGAAUUUCGCCAAUCAUUGUGUCAGGGAUGUAAUCUGAAACUGCGGAUACCACGGAAAGUGCCCAUCAUUGCACAUAAUGCCAAUUAUGACCUCGGAUUCAUAGUAGCUCAUCUGCACCUGCUUCGGAAGACAGACAUCAGAGUGAUAGCCUCCAGUUGUCAAAAGUUUAAGGCUAUAGACAUUGGUGUGUUCCGCUUCAUAGACUCGUUAAGCUUUCUCAAUGCUAGUCUCGACACAUUGACGAAAAAUCUAUGUGACAAAGGUGAAUCUAACUUCAGGUGUCUGCGUCAGUUUUUCGCAGAGGAGGACUACUUCAGGUUGGUUGUACGUAAAGGGGUUUUCUGUUAUAACUACGUUACCUCUUUUGAACGUUACGACGAGCCCUGUUUGCCAUCACGUGACCAGUUCUUUAACCAACUGAACGGAUCAGAAGUGAGCGAGGAAGAUUACCGCCAUGCGCAAAAUGUGUUUGAAAAAUUUCAACUGAAGAGCCUGGGCGAGUACUCGGAUUUGUACCUUCUGACGGACGCAUUGCUUCUGGCAGACGUGUUUCAAAACUUCCGAAUAUGGGCGUUGGAGACACACAAAAUUGAACCACUUCAUUUCGUGUCACUCCCGGGACUAAGCAUGUCUUGCGCACUAAAAAUGAGCCGGAUUAAUCUGGAUUUAAUCCACGAUCCCGAUGCCUAUCUGUUAAUUGAACGGGGCCUGCGUGGUGGUAUGACCCAGUGUUCAACGCGAAUGGCCACUGCAAAUGUCCCAGGGACAGAUCAGUACGAUCCCGAAAAACCAAAGACCAUAAUUCAUUACAUGGACAUAAAUGGACUCUAUGGCACAGUGAUGCGUGAACCACUCCCAUUCGGAGACUUUGAAUGGCUGUCACCCGAAGAGGUUGCAGGUUUAGAUGUAACCCUUGUUGCAGAUUAUGCAGACGUUGGUUAUUUUUUAGAGGUAGACCUGGCCUACGUACAAGAGCUCCACGAACGACAUAAAGAUUUACCGCUCGCGCCCGAAAAAAUGAGCGUCCCGUAUGAGUUGCUUUCGGAUUAUCAGAAAGACCUGAUGAAAAAAUUUAACCUCCCACAGCAUGAUAUAGAACCGAAAUUACUCCUUACAUUGCUUGACAAGAAGAAGUAUUUUCUUCAUUAUCGCAGUCUAAAGUUGUACCUACAGUUGGGUCUUCGGCUCGAGAAAAUUCACCGGGUGCUCAGGUUCAAACAAAAACCAUUCCUGCGAUCCUAUGUUGACUUCCAUCAUGAACUACGCAAGCAGGCAACCAAUACCUUCGAACGUAACCUGUACAAGUGUUUAAUUAACUCCGUAUAUGGGAAAACAUGUAUGAAUGUACGAAAGUUCGUCGACUGUCGCUUAGCAACUUCCGAGGAGCAAGUGUUGAGAUUCUUGCGUAAACCGAACCUCAAACAAUUCAGGGCUCUAAGCUCUAACGUAGUCUUGUUUCAGUUCGCUCAAUCGAUAGUCCGUAUGCGACAGCCUCUGUACCUGGGGUUCACUAUUCUCGAGCUGUCUAAAGUCAUGAUGUAUGACUUUUAUUAUAACAACUUGCUUCGGGUAGCCCCGGACACAAGGCUCUUGUAUAUGGACACAGAUUCUUAUAUCGUGAUGCUGAGCGAUGAGAAGGCCCUUGCGGAGCUCGCCGAUACCCACCUUGAUACAUCUGGUCAUUCUUGCGAUGACUCGAUGUAUUCUACGAAAAACAAGAUGGUGCUAGGAAAAUUUAAGAACGAAAUGCCCCACGACCACAUCCUAGGGUUCUGUUGCCUGAAACCAAAGCUCUAUGCACUAGACCUCCAUAGUAAAAGACGAUACAAUCGUGCUAAGGGGGUGAAACAAUGUGAAGCCCAGAAGUUGCAUUAUUCAAUGUACAUAGACUCUCUUAAGCUUGGUGAAGUGUACAAAGUUUGUCAGAACCUCAUUGUGCGCAAGGAAAAUAUAAAUAAAAGUGUAUGUGUUACGAAAGUAGCUUUAAAUCCCCUAGACACAAAGCGUUUCAUUUGUGAGGAUGGUAUCCACACGUUACCCUUUGGGUACGCAUCCAAUGGAAAGAUGUAGACAGUUUUUAUGCAUAUGUUGCCCUACCUGGCUGUUGUUGUUGUAAUGCUGUUUUUUUUAUAUAUAUAAGAUUGUGCCUGUAACGACAUGGAAAUAAAUACAAUUUUAUUGUGUCAAAGUACACUGCAACAUGA